CGUCUGGUCUAGCAGCUCCUCCCUCUGCAGAGCGAAGUAGGAUCUCCAUUCAAACACAUCCAAACUCCGCGGGAUGAGUAUCAAUUUUACACUUACUAGCUGCUGAUCACCACUUCGCCAUUAACAUAAGGAAAGUAAAUUAGGAGAAUCUGUAGCAUUUGACGCCCGCAAUAGUGAAACGAUUGGACAGUUAAUUCUGGACCGCGAUAUACACAAGUGGUUGCUAGCAAGCUAUUCCAACAGACUGCAAACAUGGCGAGCGCCUCAUACCAUAUCUCUAAUCUUUUGGAAAAAAUGACAUCUAGCGAUAAGGAUUUUAGAUUCAUGGCCACUAACGACUUGAUGUCAGAGCUGCAGAAGGACUCAAUCAAGCUGGACGACGACAGCGAACGUAAGGUGGUCAAGAUGAUCCUUAAGCUGCUGGAGGACAAGAACGGAGAAGUGCAGAACCUGGCUGUCAAAUGCCUGGGCCCGCUGGUCAGUAAGGUGAAGGAGUACCAAGUGGAGACAAUCGUGGACACAUUGUGCACCAACAUGCUGUCGGACAAGGAGCAGCUCAGAGACAUCUCCAGCAUCGGCCUGAAGACGGUCAUCGGAGAGCUGCCACCCGCCUCCAGCGGCUCAGCGCUGGCAGCGAGUGUGUGUAAAAAGAUCACAGGACGUCUCACAAGUGCCAUUGCCAAACAGGAGGAUGUGUCCGUGCAGCUCGAGGCUUUGGACAUCAUGGCAGACAUGUUGAGCAGGCAGGGUGGUCUGCUGGUGAACUUCCACCCAUCCAUCCUGAGCUGCCUGCUGCCCCAGCUGACCAGCCCACGGCUGGCCGUACGCAAGCGCACCAUCAUCGCCCUGGGCCAUCUGGUGAUGAGCUGCGGCAACCUGGUGUUUGUGGACCUCAUCGAGCACCUGCUGUCCGAGCUCUCGCGCAACGACUCCAUGUCCACCACGCGCACCUACAUCCAAUGCAUCGCCGCCAUCAGCCGCCAGGCCGGACACAGGAUUGGCGAGUAUCUGGAGAAGAUCAUCCCGUUGGUGGUGAAGUUCUGUAACGUGGAUGACGAUGAGCUGAGGGAGUACUGCAUCCAGGCCUUUGAGUCGUUCGUCAGGAGGUGUCCAAAGGAAGUGUACCCACAUGUGCCCACGGUUAUCAGCAUCUGUCUGAAGUAUCUGACCUAUGACCCCAACUAUAACUACGAUGACGACGAUGAGGAUGAGAAUGCCAUGGAUGCCGACGGAAACGAUGAAGAUUACCAAGGAAGUGAUGACGAGUACAGCGAUGAUGACGACAUGAGCUGGAAGGUGCGUCGGGCGGCGGCCAAGUGCCUGGACGCGGUGGUGAGCACGCGGCACGAGAUGCUGCCCGAGUUCUACCGCUCGGUGUCGCCGGCGCUCAUCGCCCGCUUCAAGGAGCGCGAGGAGAACGUGAAGGCCGAUGUGUUCCACGCCUACCUCUCGCUGCUCAAGCAGACGCGGCCAGCCCAGAGCUGGCUGUGUGACCCCGACGCCAUGGAGCAGGGAGAGACCCCGCUCACCAUGCUGCAGAGCCAGGUGGGGGUGCCCAUGAUCGUGAAGGCCUUGCACAAACAGCUGAAGGAGAAGAGUGUGAAGACUCGCCAGUGCUGCUUCAACAUGCUGACUGAGCUCGUCAAUGUGCUACCCGGAGCGCUCACGCAACACAUCCCUGUGCUGGUCCCAGGAAUCAUCUUCUCCCUCAACGACAAGUCCAGCUCGUCCAACCUGAAGAUUGACGCGCUGUCCUGCCUGUACGUGAUCCUGUGCAACCACCAGCCGCACGUCUUCCACCCGCAUGUCCAGGCUCUGGUGCCCCCAGUGGUGGCGUGCGUGGGCGACCCCUUCUACAAGAUCACCUCGGAGGCUCUGCUGGUCACCCAGCAGCUGGUCAAGGUCAUCCGGCCGCUGGAGACGCCGGACGCCUUCGACGCCACGCCGUACAUCGGCGACCUGUUCGCCUGCACCAUCAAGCGGCUCAAGGCGGCCGACAUCGACCAGGAGGUGAAGGAGCGCGCCAUCUCGUGCAUGGGUCAGAUCAUCUGUAACCUGGGCGACAGUCUCGGCGCCGACCUGCCCGGCACGCUGCUCAUCUUCCUGGAGCGUCUGAAGAACGAGAUCACGCGGCUGACCACGGUCAAGGCGCUGACGCUGAUCGCCGGCUCGCCUCUGCACAUCGACCUGCGUCCCGUGCUGGCCGAGGCCGUGCCCAUCCUGGCAUCGUUCCUGCGCAAGAACCAGCGGGCGCUCAAGCUGGGCACCCUGGCCGCGCUGGACAUCCUGGUGCAGAGCUACAGCGACAGCGUGACGCCGGCCAUGAUCGACGCCGUCCUGGCCGAGCUGCCGGCGCUCAUCAGCGAGAGCGACAUGCACGUCUCGCAGAUGGCCAUCAGCUUCCUGACCACCCUUGCGCGCGUCCACCCCGAGGCGCUGGCCAAGAUCAGCGGCGCCAUCCUGGCCGAGCUCAUGGCGCUGGUGCGCUCUCCGCUCCUCCAGGGCGGCGCUCUGGCCGCCAUGCUGGACUUCUUCCAGGCGCUGGUGGGCACCGGCACGGCCAGCCUGGGCUACAUGGACCUGCUGCGCAUGCUCACGGGCCCCGUGUACGCGCAGAGCUCCGCGCUCGCCCACAAGCAGUCCUACUACUCCAUCGCCAAGUGCGUGGCCGCCCUGACCCGUGCCUGCCCCAAGGAGGGCCCCGCCGUGGUGGGUCAGUUCAUCCAGGACGUCAAGAACUCGCGCUCGACCGACUCGAUCCGUCUGCUGGCGCUGCUGGCGCUGGGCGAGGUGGGUCACCACCUGGACCUCAGCGGCCAGCCCGAGCUCAAGGCAGUCAUCCUGGACGCGUUCGGCUCAACCAGCGAGGAGGUCAAGUCGGCGGCGUCGUACGCGCUGGGGAGCAUCGCCGUGGGCAACCUGCCCGAGUACCUGCCCUUCGUGCUGCAGGAGAUCACCGGUCAGCCCAAGCGUCAGUACCUGCUGCUGCACUCGCUGAAGGAGAUCAUCAGCUCGGCGGCGGUGGCGGGCUUGAGGCCGUACGUGGAGAGUGUCUGGUCACUACUGCUCACGCACUGCGAGUGCACUGAAGAGGGCACGCGCAAUGUGGUGGCAGAGUGCCUGGGCAAGCUCACACUCAUCGACCCCGAGACGCUGCUGCCGCGCCUGAAGGGCUACCUGCUGUCCGGAUCCUCAUAUGCUAGAAGUUCUGUCGUGACAGCCGUCAAGUUCACCAUCUCAGAUCACCCACAGACCAUCGACCCCCUACUGAAAAACUGCAUAGGUGACUUCUUGAAGACGUUGGAAGACCCGGAUCUUAACGUGCGAAGGGUUGCUCUAGUGACGUUCAACUCGGCCGCUCACAAUAAGCCGUCACUGAUCCGAGACCUGUUGGACACAGUGCUGCCCCACCUGUACAAUGAAACCAAAGUGCGCAAGGAGCUCAUCAGAGAGGUGGAGAUGGGUCCGUUCAAGCACACCGUGGACGAUGGGCUGGACAUCAGAAAGGCGGCGUUCGAGUGUAUGUACACACUGCUGGACAGUUGCCUGGACCGACUGGACAUCUUCGAGUUCCUCAAUCACGUGGAGGACGGGCUCAAGGACCAUUACGACAUCAAGAUGCUGACAUUCCUGAUGCUGGCAAGGCUGUCCUCCCUGUGUCCCAGUGCUGUGCUGCAGAGGCUCGACAGACUGGUGGAGCCACUCCGAGCCACCUGCACCACCAAGGUGAAGGCGAACUCAGUCAAGCAGGAGUUUGAGAAGCAGGACGAGCUGAAGCGCUCGGCGAUGCGGGCAGUGGCGGCCCUGCUGACCAUCCCCGAGGCGGAGAAGAGCCCGCUGAUGAGCGAGUUCCAGUCGCAGAUCAGCGCCAACCCGGAACUCGCCGCCAUCUUCGACAGCAUCCAGCGCGACUCCACCUCCGCCAACAUGGAGUCCAUGGACACCAGCUAAGCACCCAAAAAACCCACAUGGAGCAAAAAAAAAAAGAAAGUAAAGAAACACCACACCAUACAGCGAUGGUGUUAAAUGAUGGUGACGAAGACAAAACUGACUUAAUGAAAUAUGAAAUCACCCCCCCCCCCCCCCCCCCCAUGACAACGAUGCGCUCUUCUUUUUCUUCGUCCUUGUCGUUUUCCCCACAAGAUUAAAUUGCAUUUAAGAGAAGAAGAAAAAAAGACAGAACUUGAAAGAAAUACAACCUCCAUGAAAGGAGAAGCCUUUUAUUGUUCCAUGCAUUGCACUGAUUCAGCCGUUACAGGAGGAAACAAGAAAAAUAAGAAAAAGAAAAAAAAGUGAGAAAAAAAGACUAAAAACAAAA